AUGUCGGACGCAGGGUCAUCCUCAUCAAGUGCUGCUGACGAUGAAGCAUUACAGAAAUCCCAUGACUCUUCCAUGUCUACUCACAGACGUGACCGUUUAGCGUACGAUGUGUACCAAUCCGUCCUACGUUCUGAACGCGGAGAUUGGAUUGAGCUGAUCAAUUGUGCACCACUGGCGAGCCAGUACCAUUUAAGUGAGUACAGUAUAUCUAAGUAUGGGCACCAUGGCGCACCAUAUGCCUAUCUUCCUCUCUCGCUGCAGCAGCCAGAGCUUACGGAGUCCAUUUUACUUAAACAGAACGGACAUGAAGCCUCUGCAUGGUUAUGUGAACUUCGCACAGAACGAUUGCCUGCAUGCCACAAAGACAUACCUGUGUCAAAAAAGCAUCCUGUAAAGUUGUCAUGUGACGACUCCUCUGUGAAACCUGUACCUGUGGCUACGGAAGAGGCGACCACUGCUCUAGAGCACGGCCAUCCGUCCACCGAGCCCUCUUUCAUUGUAAAAACAAGCAUAUCUCAUCCUAUCAAGUACGUAUGGGCUCUGCUAACGGUUAGUGUAAGCGCUAUUGUACCUCCUGAAUUGAUUCCUAUGAUAUCACACCAUGUGUUCUCCCAUAUUCCGUCGCAUUACAAACAAAUGGUAGAGCAACUGUCUACUACCGACGCUGCCAUCGUAUCAUGGCAUCAGGCAAUUGGACGUGCCGCGUUGCCAGAGCAUAUCUCAAUCUCACUUAAAAACACAAAAGACCAUCUUCAACAGCAAGUGCGUGGUGACCAGCUUAUUCGUGUACCUAUGAGCUUAUCACUCGAAAAGAUCCUGCAGGAUCAGGGCAUACAGACUUGGCCCAUGGACGAGAUAAACCAGCCGACUAUUGGAAAUAUGUAUUUGUCUUCGUGCCCUGGCAAAAAGGUGCGACUGGACGGACAUGUGCAAGGACGCAGUGCUAUAUGCCGCGACUUGAAGGUCGAUUUGCAGCGAUACAAAGAUUUGGGCAUCCAUGUGAUUGUGUGCUGCUUGGACGAUGAAGAACUCCAAUUGCUUGGCUCCCCCUUUGAAGAGUACAAAAAACAAGUGGAAUCACAGGGCUUUGAUUUGGUGCGGCUGCCUAUUGCGGAAGGUUUUGCCCCGCUAGAUUUAUCGCGUUUGGACGCUAUAUUGUCCGUGCUUAUCCUAAAUUACACACUCCGUGGCGCCUCCAUCCUAGUGCAUUGCCGCGGUGGUGUGGGUCGCGCAGGCUUGAUUGCCUGUGCGUGGAUACUAAAAAUGAACUUUGUCGCGCCUGAGGACAAUGAGGCGGGAAAGGAAGGUCCGCUUCCCUCCGCCAAAGCCUCGGAUGACCUGCGUGUGGUCAUAUCCUUGAUCAAGCUCAUUCGCAUGCGCCGUAGCCUCCGUGCUAUUGAGACGGCAGAGCAAGCGUGUUUCCUGCUUGAAUACGUCCGUCUGAUUCAUCAACAAGAGUAUGCGCGAACGUGCUACUCUACCUGUACAGCUUAA